GAAUUCGCGCUAGCCUUGGCACGACCCUAAGGCGCACUUGCCCUGACCCGCAACUAUCGCAUCCAACUCAACCUCUUCUUCACACAAAGAAUAAAUCUCGCCCUCCACAAAGACACCAAUUAUCGACACAGUGAGAAGGAACAUCAACAUCUCCUCCCUCCAAAAUGCCUGAGAAAUGGGAUGAAUCCGAAGAGGACAGCAGUUCUGCGUCUUCCCCCGCCCUCAAGCCUACCAUUGCCACACGCAGAAAGUUCGGUGAUGAAGAAGACAGCGAUGACGUUCUAGAGGCCUGGGAUGAAGCCGAGGACAGUGAGGUUGAACGAGAGAAGGCAAAGAAAGAAACAGAAAAGAAGGCGCUGGCUGAGGCACAGGCUGCUCUCAAUAAGAAAACAAAGGCUCAACGUAUUGCAGAGCGUCAAGAGGAAAAGGCGCGCAGAUUAGCAGAGGAGAGCGAAUCCUCCGAGGAAGAAACUGAGGCCGAAAGAAGGGAGAGGCUACGUAUUACAGAGCAAGAGGCAGACCUUAGACACGCUGAGGAUUUAUUCGGAAACAUCGGUAUCAGCAAUAGCCGCAAAGUUACCACUGCCGCAAAUGCUGUCCAAAUCGACUCGAAGGAUCCUACGUCCACCGUCGACUUGACGUCUCUUCCCCUUUUCGACCCGAAGACCAAGUUGCAGUUCGAGAAGCUCCGCGAUACUCUGGUUCCUGUCCUGAGCAAUAACUCCAAGAAGGCACAUUAUGUUAUCUUCUUGCAGGAAUUCACCAAGCAACUCGCAAAGGACCUACCGAGCGACCAGAUCAAGAAGAUCGCCAGCACCUUGACUGCCUUGAGUAACGAGAAGAUGAAGGAAGAAAAGGCGGCAGAAAAGGGUGGCAAGAAGAGCAAGGCUCAGAAGACUAAGGUUGCCUUGGUCGCAAGCAGAAAUGCCGUAGGCCCAGAUACUCGUGUUUAUGAUGAUGAUUACGUGAUGAUUUCAUGUGAACAGGCUUUUUGAUACCAAUUUUAUGCAUAUCCCUCCCGGCCUCACCUCAACAGGCAAUAAACGAUGUCUAUUUGGGCAUCCGCUACAUGCAAUCUCGACUUUACGAAGAACAUACAAUGCGCGGCGCACACAACACAACCGCCCGAGUGGACAAUGGUCACUCAGCAAGUAUGGCCAGUAUCAGAUGGCAAUCGGCGUGACUGGGGAUGGGCUACGUAGGGAAAGCAUUCGUGGAGGAAUCGUCUUUCAACUUAGAGUGCGUUAAGAUGCGAAUCAUAGACCGUCUGCUCCUGCCUUGCUUUGUUAAUGGCUUUGCUUCAUGCUUUGACUCGUUUGGGCGCAUGAAUGUAGAAAGAUAGACUGAAAUUGAAAGAGAAUAUGACCGAGGUUUCACGCUGAUUCAUAUCGUUUUGUGAAUGGUGAAUGAUCUCUGGUAUCAAAACUUGCUAUCUGAU